AUGCCAAUCGCGUAUGCUAUGAGCUUCUCGUCAGUGGGCAGUCAGCCCGCAACUUCUGCCUUCAAAUGGGAACCUGAUUUUGGCAAAGUUCCUGGCAGAAUUUCCAGACAUUGGAUUUUCGCUGGCAGUCAAAAUGAAGCAGUGAGAAGUACAGAAAGCUCUGGCGGUGGUGACGCAUCAAGCAACACCAAGAACUCAGGCAAUUCCGAUGUGGUCUCUGUAGAGUGCAGGUCUGCAGGUUCUGAAGGGAGAUCAGGUGGUGGCAAUUUGGCAAGCUACUCUGGUGAUGUACCAAAAGGUGAUAUCGAGGUUGACAGAUAA